GAAGUCGGCGACCAAAGAGGAAAUCAAAUCGGAAAAAGAAAAGUAAAUGGCAGCACGAGAGGAGUGGGAAGGUGGGAAGCGGCUGCCCAAAGCUACCACCCGCGCCGCGUCUCCUCCCACCACACCAUGCCUUCUUCUAUCCCCCACCCACCUCUCUCCCUCCACGGCCACACCGCCCUCUUCUCAUAGCCGAAUCCCGCGCGUUUGAGCUCAUCCUCCGCGCCGCCCUCUCGAAUCCCGCGCGCUUCAGCUCGAAACAGCCGCGCGUCGAGGUGCUUUUGGUGAGCGAGCGGUCCGUGAGACAGAUACGAUGCGCGACACGGCGGCCGUGGCUGUGGCGGCCCCGCGGUACAGGGGCGUGCGGAAGCGGCCGUGGGGCCGGUUCGCGGCGGAGAUCCGCGACCCGGCGAAGCGCGCGCGCGUCUGGCUCGGCACAUUCGACUCCGCCGAGGCCGCGGCGCGCGCGUACGACGUCGCCGCGCGGAACCUGCGCGGGCCGCUCGCCAGGACCAACUUCCCCCUCUCUAGCCUCCCGCUCGCUUCCCACCCCGGCGGCCUCGUCACCGCGCCGGCGCCGGCCGCCCCUACGUGCUGUUCCAGCUCCACCGUCGAGUCAUCUAGUGGGCCCCGCGGGGGGCCGAGGGCAGCAUCAGGGGCGGCGGUACCUCGCAGGCGGGUGGUGAAGCCCCGCCCCCCGCGGCCGGCAGCGCCCGACGCAGGCUGCCACAGCGACUGCGCCUCAUCGGCCUCCGUCGUGGACGACGGCGACGACGCCUCCACGGUCCGGUCGCGCGCGCCGUUCGACCUCAAUCUCCCGCCGCCGCUGGACGGGGACCACGAGCCGUGCACGGAGCUGCGGUUCUGAAUUGAUAGGAUCCACGAUCAACAACAGCAGAAGGAGAAGGCGAUUUUACUUUGGUCUUCUUUUCUUGACCAGAUGCUUGCUGUGCUCAAGAGAGCUUGUACUACCUACUAUUCUGUACGCGAUAAGAAUGGCAAUAGUCCAUCCAAUAGAUGGGAUGAUUUGUGCUAA